AUGGCCAUGGGGCAGACCAUGGCCCCCUUUCCCGGCGUCUUUCUGAGCCUCGCCCUGUGCCUCAGCCAGAUGGGCCCCUCGCGGGAGCAGGCAGGGUUCCUCUCUCCGCCCUCCAUCUCAGCCCAGCCGGACCCUGACAUCCCCUGGGGCCAGCCCGUGACCUUGGUGUGCCAGGGUCCUGCUGGGACCAACACAUUCCGGCUAGAGAAGCAGUACAACAUGUACAGCUGCGCAGAUUCAACCCAUGAGCAAUGCAAAUACACGGAUCUGACAUGCAAGAAAGAGGCCUGGUUCCUCAUCCCAGCAGUGAGUGGAAACUCCAUGGGCUGCUACCGCUGCCUCUACUGGACAGGGAGCAGCUGGUCUGAGCGUACUGACCCCCUGGUGAUGAGAACUGAGGACAUCUCUGAUUGGACCCCAGGAACACCUCAGCUUCCCUCACCCAGCAACACCGCUCAGGGUGACAGCCCUCAACUGCAGGGAGGCCCAACCCUGGUGCUCGUGUACAUCAUUCGCACGGCCGCCCUUGCCUUCCUCCUGCUCAUCCUACUGCUUCUCCUCCUCUUGCACCAGUGCUGGAAGCGCGAUCUGGUCACAGUGGAUGGUGCCCUGAUGCUGGGCAGGAACAGGAGGGCCUCGCUCAUGCCGGCUGCAGGAAGCCCCCAGGAAGUGACCUACGCCCAGCUGGACCAAUGCACCCUCACUCAGAGGCCCCCGGGAAGUGCCCCCUCGCGGACUGCAGACCCCACAACCAAGGACUGCACCUAUGCCACCCUGGCCAGACCCUAA